AUGUCAUUUUCAUCACAUGUAACGGACUCCACUACUUUGACGGAAACUCGCACUGCACCAUCAAUGGACAAUGAAAUAUAUAUUACGGAUUUUUUAACAGAUGAAGACAGAAUACGAGAUAGAACAUGUUCAAUCGUUCGUCGCAGUACAUUUCGUCAUCCUCCAUCAGCAUUUGAUACACUAAGUCAUGAAUUACAAAUAAUUAGACAUGUUAGACCAAGAGCAUUUAUUUAUGAUCAUGAUGCAGCUGAGGAAAACUAUUAUAACUCUAUUGACAAUAUUCCAAUAAUAAAGAAUAACGAAUGUUUAUGGAUUGACAUCACUGGUGUGCAUGAUAAAGCUGUGCUAGCGAGUAUCAGUCAACGAUUCAAGAUUCAUCCAUUAGUUAUACUUGACAUCGAAACCAAUGAACAACGUACAAAGUUAGAUGUUUUUGAAGAUGCUUUAUUUCUUGUUGUUAAACUAAUUUAUCCAGAUCAUAUUACACAGAAAAUACACAUUGAACAAAUUAGUUUCUAUUUAAAAGACAAUAUUCUAAUUACAUUUCAAGAAAAAUCUAAUAAUAUUUUUGAUCGUAUUAGAAAUCGAAUUCGUCAUAACAAAGGUCGUGUUCGAAGAUCGAAAAUUGAUUAUCUAUUUUAUUCAUUGAUGGAUACUAUUGUUGAUAAAUAUAUGGAUGUACUUAAUAUAGCUAAUACAAAAGUCGAAGCAAUUGAUCAUCAACUAAUGCAAACUUUAUCACGUGAUACACUUGAAACAAUUUAUGAUCUUAAACGUGAUAUGCUUGAUUAUCGUCGUUUAAUAUCGCCAUUGAAAGAAAUAAUAAAUCGACUACAAAAAGAAGAAGAAACACAAAUUAUACAAGAAAGUACAAUAAUAUAUUUAAAAGACUUAUUUGAUCACAUUGUACAAGUUACUGAUACAAUUGAUACAUAUCGUGAAAUGCUUGCUUCAUUUAUUGAUUUUUAUAUGAUGUUAAAUUCUAAUGCUAUGAAUGAGGUUGUUAAAACAUUGACUAUUAUCUCGACAAUAUUCAUUCCUUUAACAUUUAUUGUUGGCAUAUAUGGUAUGAAUUUUGAAAAUAUGCCUGAAUUACGUUGGAAGUAUAGUUAUUAUAUUGUACUUAGUGUUAUGGUUUUAUUAACGCUUAUUAUGUUAACUUGGUUUAAACGAAAAAAAUGGUUUUAA